UGUUGCUUUCACUCGCCUGGUUCUUCUCUUCCUCGCAUUUUCCGCCCCCAGAGCAUUCAGCAACCACCGCAAUGGAGGCGCCAAUUUUGCCUCUAACUAAUCGAUAAGAAUUCGAGAUGAGCCUCGCAAUCAGCAGCGGUUUCCCUUAUCCAGCUUCUUCAACUCGUUCCUCCUCCCAAGUCGUAAUGCUGUCUCCGGGCGCCCUACCCACCGCGAAGCUGCAGCCGAUGUUCCGUCCCUCACACCACAUUACGGCAUCGUUUAAUCUCCGCCGGCCGCCGCCCUCGUUUCCGUUGCUGCCGGCCUCGCGUUUGCAGUCACGAACAUUGUCCACCGCCACGAACCACAGCAGCAGCAGUACUACUAUCUCAUCACUUUUCGAUUUCAAAGGUGGAAAAGGGUACUUUUUAUAGAAACCUUCAAUUCUGCCUUUCUUUUGUUACUUCUAGGUUAGAUGCACUGUUCGAUCAUAUGGGCUUUUCUCUUUUCAAUUGAGGUGAAAUUCAGCUGAUUGUGGGUAAUCAUUAACAGGAUGGCUGGAUUCCAUGAUUUGGAGCUGAAAGUGAGAGACUACGAACUGGAUCAAUAUGGAGUGGUCAACAAUGCCGUUUAUGCCAGUUACUGCCAACAUGGUCGUCAUGAACUGUUAGAGAGCAUUGGUAUAAGUGCAGAUGCGGUAGCUCGAACUGGUGAUGCAUUGGCACUCUCUGAAUUGAAUCUCAAAUUUCUUGCACCUCUAAGGGUAAGUUGGUUGAUUUGAAAUUUUACAUAUUACUCUCUACUUUGCUGUUGGAUUGGGGAUAACAAUGCUGAACUUAAUGGUAUGAAAAUCAAUUGUGCAAUCCUUACAUAUGAAAUGCUAUCAAGGAAACUUUCUCUGGAUAAAAGAAGAUGCUGCGAAUGCAAAUGAAGCAAGUGUUUCUUUUUUAACAAGUCAAAUGAAUGUACUUCCAUGGCCUUUUCUUACUGCUGCUUUUCCCCCAUGAAAUUACCAGAGUGGAGAGAGGUUUGUGGUAAGAGUGAGAGUAUCGGACUCUUCUGCUGCCCGGUUAUAUUUUGAGCACUUCAUCUUCAAGUUGCCGAAUAACGAGCCUGUUUUGGAAGCGAAAGCCACAGCUGUAUGGCUGGAUAAGAAUUAUCGGCCUGUUCGAAUUCCUGCAGACGUGAGGUCUAAAUUCGUUCAAUUCCUUCGCCAUGAGGAGUCCAAUUGACCCCCUCACUUUUUGCAACUGAGGGGAAGGUGAGAAGGCAGAUCACAGAAUUUGAUUGUUGAUACUUCUGGAACUGUAUUCUCAAUAUUGCUGAGAAAUGGCCACUUGAUUUCUGCCGCUGCGUUCACAAGCCGACUAAGAUAUAGAGGGCUAACGCCCUUAUUUGUCACUGUUUUCUACACGAGCCCUAUGUUCUGGUCUUUCUGGAAGACAGGAAAAUCCUUACAACUGUUGUAAUAUGUAAAAAUGUGAUUCUGGUGUUAAAAAUUGGGCUGUUUGGAGUGAUCAUAUAUAUUCAUAUCUCUGUGUAGAAAUGAUUGUUCUAGUAUCUAAAAGCUACCAACUUCCAGUUCUGUCCACAACCAAUUUUUUUCCGACGAACACCCCCAUUCUCUAGCGAGCUACGCUGCGAUGGAUCAAGCAACUUUUUCGACGAUGAAGAUGGGAGAUGAUUGAUGGUGGUUAGAAACCAUAAAUAAAGGUCUUUUAAGCAUCUCUUCGUGGGAUAAGUCUCGUGAUCGGCAGAGAAGUAAAGCGGGAAGCAGAGAGAAAACAGAGGAAAACAGAGAAGAGAGACAGAAAUGGAGGGAGGAAGCAAGAAGAAGGUGAUGGUGGCGAUAGACGAGAGCGAGUUCAGCCACUACGCACUCGAAUGGGCUCUCACCAAUAUGGGAGACACCAUCUCCAGCUCUGGUAUUCUCCUCUUCACCGCUCAGCCCCUCGCCGACUUCACCUACCUCCAUGCUUCCACUCUCGGUACCACUCCCCCGGAGUUGGUCGCCUCGCUACAGGAGAAUCAGAAGAAGUUGACUACGGCUCUGUUGGAUAAAGCCAAACAAAUUUGCUCUGCCCAUGGGGUUGAAGCAGAAACAGAGACAAAGGUGGGGGAGCCGAAAGAAGUGAUAUGUGAAGCAGCGGAGAAGCAUGGUGUCAAAUUGCUUGUGCUGGGAAGCCAUAGCAGGGGACCUAUUCAGAGGGCGUUCUUGGGAAGCGUUAGCAACUACUGUGUGCACAAUGCGAAAUGCCCUGUUCUUGUCGUCAAGAAGCCAUCCCCGUAGUUGAUCCAGCUCGAUCUGGGUUUGCUGCAGAUUGUUGAUGGCGGCUGUGAGAUUGUAGUGUGCAUUGGGAUGUAUAAUGAUAAUUCGAAUUGCCUUGCGUUGCAUAGUUGUCUCAGACUCAGUAGAGACGAAAUAAUCAGCCAGUGAGUUGGGUUCUGGACUAUGAAAGCCUGAUACAUUCUGUAUUUAUUAUGUGACUAUGAAAGCCAAAGAAUAAAGAGGCGUGUACGUUUUGAAUUUUUCAUGUGUAUAAUAAUAUUUUGAAGCAUGAAAAUCGUGAUUCUAUGUAAAAGUAAUUGGGUGAUUUAGAAGUGUAAAAAUAUAAUUUUUUAAACUUUAAAACAUAUAUUUUGAUUACAAU